UAAUGAGUUUUGGGAUUGUUUCCCAGAAUUUUCGAGUUUGAUUUCUUCAUAAUCUUCCACUCGACGACUCAACAAUAUCAAUUCCAAAAAUGAUCACUCAAACCUCAAACUGACACCCAAUCAUAACCUCAAAGCGAAUAAACUGAAACUCAAACAUGAUGAAGAGACGUCUGAACAUAUUCAACACAAUAAAAGUCAAAAUAAAACUUACGUUCAUGAACCAUCGUUGGAUAACCCUCGACACCUACAAAACCAGGAAGAAAACCAUCACCAUGGACAACAUACACCAAGGCCUUAGAAACGUGGGAUUACCAAUCGAGUCUCCUAUUAUACAACGUGCUCAAGAGCUAGAAGAAGAAGUUAGAAGAGGUGCUGAAAAGCAUUUCAAGAAGGUGUUGAAAGCUAACCUUGGUGAUUGUCAGGCUAUGGGCCAAAAACCCAUCACGUUCCUUCGUCAAGUGAUAAUCUUGGUAACUUACCCAGAGCUGAUGAAAGAUCCACGGUUUCCAAAAGAUGCCAAAGAGAGAGCAAGAAUCAUUUUGGCCUCCUGCAAAGGAAAUUCUAUCGGUUCUUAUUCAGAAUGUGCUGGUAUCGAUAUUAUAAGAAGACACUGCGCCGAGUUUAUCGAAAGAAGAGAUGGUAUCCACGCAGAUUGGCACAAAAUCAGCUUAUCUUCUGGUUCUAGCGAAGCCAUAAGAAAUGUCCUCAAAUUGAUUGCUUGUAAAGUUCGUGGAAAACCACCAGGAGUCUUGAUGCCAAUUCCUCAAUUUCCUCUAUACGAAGUCUUCCUGAAGGAUUUAUUCAUUCAUCCAGUACGUUAUUUCUUGAACGAGUCUAAGAAUUGGAGCAUAGAUAUUGAAGAGUUGAAAAGUGCCUUGGACGAGUCCAAAACCUCAUGCACUCCAAGAGCCAUCCUCGUGAUCAACCCUGGAAACCCAACAGGACACAUAUUAACCCUCCAAAACAUGCAACAAGUCAUCAAGUUCGCCUUUCAAAACAAGCUACUCAUAUUGGCAGACGAGGUGUAUCAAGAAAACAUCCACAUUCCAGUUUCUACCUUUCACUCCUUCAAGAAGGUGCUCAUAGAGAUGGGACCACCCCAUUCGGAAGUAGAACUAGCAAGCUUCAUGUCUGUAUCUCAUGGUUACGCUGGAGAAGCUGGUCUUAGAGGAGCCUACGUGGAAUUGGUUAACAUCAACCCUGACGUUUACUCUACCUAUUUGAAGUCAUUGUGUAUGAAUUUGUGUCCUAAUGUAUUGGGACAAGUGGCUUUGGAUUGCGUUGUCUACCCUCCAAGAGAAGACGAGCCGAGUUUCAAAGAGUUCUCGAAGGAGAAAAGUGAAAUCAUGGAUUCCUGCAAGAGAAGAGCUAGGAUGUUCAUGGAUACCAUCGAGGGUUUGGAAGGCAUCUCUUGCAACCCUAUUGAAGGUGCUUACUAUGUCUUUCCUAAAUUGACGUUGUCUUCUAAGGCUAUUCAAGCUGCUGAGCACGAUGGAAAGGUACCAGAUUUGUUUUAUGCAUACCAAUUGUUAGAGAAUGCUGGUGUUUGUGUUGUGCCAGGGUCUUGUUUUGGACAGCAGAAGGGAACGUGGCAUUUUAGAGCUACGAUCUUGCUGCCAGAGUGUGAGUAUGUGGAUAUGCUGAAGAGGCUGAAGGAGUUUCAUUCGAAGUUUAUGGAAAAGUAUAAGUGAAGGGUUUGGGAUGAAUGUUUACUGGUCUGUAAGAAUAAAGAAAAAUGUGUAAUGA